AUGGUAUGGAAAUCUUCUGAGGACGCCAUGCCUUGGGUAGGAUUGUAUGUUUGCGUAGCUUCUCUAAUGUGCACUCUUGCAAUGGCAGCCGAUGCCUUCCAAGGCUUUCGACAAUGGAAACUCUGGUUUCCGUGCAGAUUUUUCACUAUCAAUGCUGCUUCCAUCACACUGAUAUCAAUUGCAAUGAAGCUACCCGUGGAUCUAAGCACCGACCUAUCUGAGGAUCUUGCAACAAAUGCAAAGUUUGUGGGUAUCAUUUUCUUCAUCACCAUGUUAGCCAACUUUCUUCCUUCUUUAGGGCUUAUGAAUGAUAGGGAAGUUCUAAUGAACAUCGUAGCCUUGGGUAUUCUCAUAAUUACCAUUGCUGUAAAUGUCUUGAUCCAGUUGAUUACAUCUCGGCGGCAUUACAUAAUGUCAGCAGAAAUCCUUAUAUUUUUAUUUUCCCUUCCAUGGCCAUUUUCUGUAGCUUUGACAAUUUCAGCAUCUAGAAAGAUUUUACAACACCGGUACAAGGAGUUGCACAGAUUGGCUUCAACUCAUCAAGAGACUAGCUUCUCGUGUAAGGGACUCAAACGAAAUGUUAAAAUGUAUUGGAUGAUGGCAGAAACUGGUAACCCCCAAUUUGCAAUUGCUUCUUCCCAGGUUUCUUCUGCUUUUGGGGUUCUAUGCGCUAUCUGUGCUUGCAUUUUAUUUACUGAUUUGAUAGCUAUGUUUGUUGAUAAAUCGAGAUUUGAUUAUGGAAAAUCAAAUUAUAAAUGGUCAAUCGACGUGAUUGUUAUUGUGCAAUCAGUUGGGGCGAUAGUAGGUAGUAUCGCACCGAUUUUUAGAUGUUUGACUGCCACAACUCAUUUCAACCUCUCCACGAAAUGGAUCAAGAACCAUCUAAACGUUUUCAGAGUGGAGAAGCACCUGAUCCAAAUGCUGCAGCUGUGGAAACGCAGCCAUGUUCCUUCAUAUAUCCCUGGAUGCCAUUGCAAAAAGAUUUUCCGUAACAUCAGAUACUUGAUAUUGAAUAUCUGUAUCGCAUUUCAGAUAACAGUUGCAGUUAUAUGCAACGCAACAUGUCUCAUUCCCAGAUCUUUUCUGAUCUUACUUUCUUAUAGUUACUAUUUCUGCAAAUCAUUGCUGAAAAAGUCUAUGAGAGAACCAGAUGCAUCUAACAGCGAUAUGAGAUCAGACAUGCAAGAUUAUUAUCGUUACGCCCUACAAAUUGAACCGGAGGCAAAGCUUUCAAAGAGAAUAUUAGGAAACACCCUCAAUUCUAUAACUCUACUUCUUCAGGAGACCACAAAGAAAGAGCCAAGUAAUCUUAUGAAGUUACUCAAGAAAUCUACAGGAUUCUAUGGAGUAUUAAAGUUCGAUAAUGACCAAGUCCCAGCUUUACAUGCAAAAGAUAUUCAGAAUUGCUGGAGCCUAGUAGCAGUGACAUUAACAGCCAUUGCGCUUGCUCUUCCUAACAUUGCAAACGGCCACAACAAGGGUUUACUUGACAGCAUGAGGGAAGGCCUCCAGUUUGUAAGACAUAUCGAACAAAACCUCAAUGAAAACGAUGAAUUGGUCAAGACCAGAAAAGCAGCUGGACGAGUGUGGACAGAUGUUGAAGUAUACUGCAGGUGGCUACAAAUUGAUCUUAAAAACAAAGCUCGUAGAGGAGACACAUCAAAGGAGAUUCUUGAAUGGUUGGGUGAUGAAGCAAAUGAAAUUGUGAAAGACUUCCUGAAUAUCAAAAAUGGUAUUCAAGAUCUUUCACAUCGUAAGUUGAUUGCAGCAAUUUCUAUGUACAGAAUCAGCCGAACCAUACUGCUCCACUGCAAUGAGCAAGAAAAUUGGCCAAUAGAUGAGGAACUUUUUAAGUGGAUAUCAAACAUAAUUGCGGAUCUGCUAUGUGCUUGCUUUACCAACUUACCCCGUGUCAUAACUAUGAAGUGCCAUGAAGAUGUAAUAGAGAAAAGGGAAGAUAGCAUCCGAACUGCAGCUCAGCUUCUUGGUAGAUCCAAAAUGAUCCUGAAACUUCUCAAAGCACGCCAACUUCCCAACUUAGACAUCGACUCAAUGGGGUACAUUGAUAAGUGGCAUGCAUUAUCAAAGAGUCAGAUACUGAAUGAUUCAGCCAAAAUUCAUUCAGCUUUUUCAAGUUCUAAUGAAUCUUUGGUAGCAACUAUUAUUUGA